GAGCCCGGCACCAGCGACUCUGUGCGCUGCGUUACCUGAGUGGAGUACCAGUAGAGGGUCAUUGAAGGCUUCUCAUUUGUGUGUGCAGAGCACAGAAAGUUCGAUUUUAAUUGGGGGGCUUGUCUUUUUCUCUCUCUUAUUAAAACUCGUCUUCUCUGCUCUGCUCUUCUCUGCUCUGCUCUGUUAUAUACGCGACACUUCGUGGAGGAGAGAGAGCGACGAAACGGGGUGCUGUAGCGUUCAUUCUCGGAACACUUCUCUCUCUCUCUAGGUUUCCCUUCGUCUCUUUGUGGUUGAUUUCUUGUCUUUGCAAGUUGGAGAAAUAUGGCGGAAGAAGGUACUGGUCUCACUCGCAGGGUGCUGUUUAUCUCAGCAGGAGCCAGCCACUCUGUAGCCCUUCUCUCUGAAAAUGUUGUUUGUUCUUGGGGCCGUGGUGAGGAUGGCCAACUGGGGCACGGGGAUGCUGAAGAUCGUCUGUGGCCAACUAUAUUGAGUGCACUUGAUGGUCAUGGAGUAGUUUCAGUUACCAGUGGAGCUGAUCAUACAACUGCAUAUUCAGAAUCUCCAUUUCAAGUCUAUAGUUGGGGAUGGGGGGAUUUUGGAAGGCUUGGGCAUGGUAAUUCCAGUGAUUUGUUUACCCCUCGUCCUAUUAAGUCAUUACAAGGAUUAAAGAUAAAGCAAAUCACUUGUGGGGAUAGCCAUUGUCUGGCUGUUACUGCACAAGGAGAGGUCCAGAGCUGGGGUCGAAAUCAAAAUGGACAACUUGGGCUUGGCCACACUGAAGAUUCACUUGUUCCACAAAGGAUUCAGGCAUUCCAGGGAGUACCUGUCAAAAUGGUUGCAGCAGGUGCUGAACACACUGCUGCUGUUACAGAAGAUGGAGAACUUUUUGGAUGGGGCUGGGGUCGAUACGGAAAUUUGGGACUAGGUGACAGGAAUGAUCGUUUAUUUCCUGAGAAAGUUGCUGCAAUUGAUGGUCAAAAGAUGAGCAUGGUCGCAUGUGGGUGGCGGCAUACAAUUGUUGUUUCAUCCAUUGGGAAACUGUACACUUAUGGCUGGAGUAAAUAUGGUCAGCUUGGGCAUGGGGAUUAUGAGGAUCAUCUCAUUCCACAUCAAUUAAGAGCUUUAAGCAAUGAUUAUAUCACUCAGAUUUCAGGUGGUUGGCGUCAUACUAUGGCCCUUACAUCUGAUGGAAUGUUAUAUGGAUGGGGGUGGAAUAAGUUUGGGCAGCUCGGUGUGGGGGACAAUGCUGAUCACUGUUCACCAAAACAAGUGAUAUUUCCUCCAGAGCAGAAAGUUAUCCGAGUCUCCUGUGGUUGGAGGCACACACUUGCCAUUACAGACAAGGGAAAUGUAUUUUCAUGGGGAAGGGGUACAAGUGGACAGCUUGGACAUGGCGAUUCCAUUGACCGAAAUGUUCCCAAGGUUAUUGAAGUUUUGAGCGUGGAUGGAUUGAGCUGCCAAAACAUUGAAUCUUCUAGUGCAGAACCAUUUUCAGGCAAAGUGGCUGUUUUGCCUUCAGAUCGAUAUGCUGUUGUCCCUGAUGAAACUGCCCAAGGCCAGCCACCUGCUACUGGCAGGAGCGGUGGAAAUGAUGCAAGUGUUCCAGAUAAUGAUGUCAAGCGGGUACGGAUUUAGGUAUCACAACCUGGUUGCAAAUCUCCUUCCCCAAUUCAGCAGUUCUUUCCCAGAUAUUCUAUAUGCUUGUUUGUUUAUUAGUGUCUCACGUUUGUACCCAGUUUACUUAUUUGUAAAUUAAUGCAUGUUUGAGUCGUUUUCUUUAUCAAAUGUUAUUUGAGCUAAUCUUUUAUGUAAUGACCACAAAUGAUUUGCUUCCUUUCUAACUUAAAAUAAAUGAAUAAAUAAAAGAAAUGCUUCUUUUUUA